UGAGAAACUCAGCACAAAAACGCACCUAUUGAACACGGCAUCUGAUUAAACUCCAAAAUACAUGAAGUGACUUUUUUUUCUCCACCCAAACCCCAACCUAUACUGACCCUGAAAUUACUUGACUUACAAACAAAAGGUGUGAAGCCAACCAGAAGAGACAAGGAAAUGUCCAAGGAGAUAGAUCUGUCCGAGCUAAUCGAGCUCCAGAAGCAGAAGGAGCAGGCUGCAGUGGAGGAGAAGCUGAAAGCGAAGAUGCGUCGACAAAUUCGGAUUUUUAACAAGGAGAAGUCUAUGUACACACGCCGUACUCGAUAUGAAAUCAGCAAACAAAGGAGGUCACUGCAGAUCCUGGAACUAGAGCGUGACGUUGAGCUGGAUAACUACAUCGCCACACAGUCGGAGGCGAUAGAGAACAAGUACAAGAAGGAAGAGUGCGUGGUUCGAGACCUCGUGCACACCACGGAUGACGUCAGAGGACUGCUCACUAAGGAGAUUGAGAACACUCGAAUUCUUGACCAACAGGUCCGUGAGCUGGAGGACAAUAAAUGGAAACACAGGAACGUCGUGACAGAACUAGCCAAAGAGUUUUCCAAAUUCCGGAUUCCCAGCAAGACCAAGAUGGAACGAAGGAUCGAAUGGGCCAGCGGGAAGUACCACAGCCAGCUGUACAAGAACAAGGAGCUUCAAGACAAGAUCGACAGCGCCAUCUUCUUGAGAGACAAGUACAUCCACGAGGAAGUGAAACUGGUGAAAAACUUGGAGGAUCUGAACAAGACUGUCACCUUGACCAUGAAUGAAACAGCUGACAUCUACGAGCAGCGAGAUCGAGCAGAAGGCACGAAGUUGAAGGUCAGGGAGCACUUGGCCAAGGUGAAGGACCAGUACGAACGAGAACUCCUCAACAUAAGCUUGUCCAUCAAUGACGACAAAAAGAUGGAGAAUUUUAUGAGGACCAAACACAAGGACAUCACCAAGUAUUUACACCAGAAGAGAGAGAAAGAACUCAAAGACGUCACUGAGAUGAUUAACCGCAAGGAUGAGUUCACUGAGGCUUUCGACGUUAUCAAGGAAUCCACAGGCAAGUCGGACAUUAACCAGAUAGUCCAGGACUUCAUAGAAGCCGAGGAAAACAACUUUGGCACAUUCUUGAGCAUUGGAGAGAUUCUUGACACCAAUGAAAAAAUUAGAGCCAAAAUUCGAGAGCUGAGGCAAGCUAACGUCAGAAUGGAAGAGAAAAAUCUGGACACUUUGGCGGAGGCAGCAAUCAAUCAUCAAAAUUCUCAGCAAAACAUUGACCUGUACAAACAAAAAAGUGAAACCUGUCAGAAACGGUUAGCGGAACAAAGCAAAAUCUUGGACGAGUUUAUUUCCAAUAUUCAAAAAGUUGUCACGUUACUGAAGUUAAACAAGAACUCGCUUGGAGAUCUGGUCGAGAAAGACGGUAGCAUCAAAGACCGUAAUGUCCUGGCAGUCAUGACCAUCAUCGAGAAGGAGCUGAGUGACCACAUGAAGGACUACUACAUGGUGGAGCUCUCGACUCGAGCUGUCAUCCGGGCCAAGACGGAGAUCUCCAGCGAAGAAAAGAUGCUAACUCGCAUCCCUUCUUUCCGCAUCGGACCACACACGGCCCCAAGAGUUGUGCCGACCAAUUUGUUGAAAGAAAAAGAAGACAUUGAUGAAGUCAAGAAUGCUCAACUCCUGAACCACGACGAAGCGAGAGAUAUUGUAGUCAAAUCAAUGCUAGAGAAAAAAAUGGGGGCCUCAGUCAGACAGCUCAGCCACGAGAAAAGCUACAAUGAUCUCCCCUGGAUGAAGAAACCAGAGGCCAAACAAUAAACAGCAUGGAAGCCUCUCGGCAUAAUAUUUAUUUGGUUACAUCCCUUUGAAUAAAGGACUCGGAUCAGAUAUUUUAUUUCUGCUCAUUUUUUAGUGCUAAAAAUGAACCAUAAUGUAUUAAGCAGGGCCGGACUAAAGCGGAUGGAGGCCCCAAGCAAGAUUCUUUUUAUGGAGGAUCCUACCCUUCAUCUAAAACUUUAAUCUGUUAAAAUUGGACUUUAUUCUUAGUGUUAAGUAAAGCUCUAUUUUUUUUUCUAUUUUUUUAACGAAGAUGUAUCAGUUGAAAUAGUUUACUUUUCAAACCAAUGUCAUGUUCACAUUGCCUCACAAUGUGUUAAAGUCAAAAAUCAAUCAAACACAUCAUAAUCUUGGAAAUGUACUAAUAAAUUUAUCCUCACA